AUGGACAUUCGUUAUGAAUUAUUAAGAACAUUCCAUAAAUUAAAUAAACAGAGACAAGAUUUUCAUGAUUAUCCAUCACCAGUUGAAGAUAUUAUCGAUCCGGAUCUAUUAGUCUAUCAACCUGAUGGAGUAAAACAAAAUGCUAGUGGAUAUUUUGAACCUUCGGAGAUGCAACCUAGGUUAUGGAAUAGCAGGGAAGAACUGCCUUUAUGUAGUACGUAUCAGUGGUUACCAAGUCGAUUUCGUAUUUGCACUUCUACUUCCACUCAUAUUGAUUUCACUGAAUACAAAGUACAUAUUGAGACACCGAUCUUACAUUUACCGAUGAAUGAAGAGUAUGAACAAACGUAUCAAAAUUUGGAGAAAAUAUUUGAGAAGCUUGUACCGAUGUUUAAAAAAUUGAAUCUGUUAAAUUCCGACGAAACUGAUACACAUCUAGAAGUUGUCGUGAAAGUGCAAAGUUAUAAUAUAAAACCAGGUAUAAAAUACUCGGGCCGUUGGCACACCGAAGGUUACAAAGAAAACAUCAUAGCCGUUGGUGUUUACUAUCUUCACAUUGAUGAAAAACUUGAAGGUGGUGCACUCAAAUUUCGUCCUCCGAAACUUCCAUAUGCAAAGUAUGGCGGUAGUGGCAUACCUAAAUUGCUACAGGAAGAUAACUGCUGGAUAGAUAAUUUUGCCAUGGUAGAUAAACAAUGGAGAGACCUUUAUGAAAAUGUAAAUCGUUACGUGAUGCCGAAAACUGAUACUGCUAUUGUAUUUUCUAAUUCAUUACCACAUCGUUUCUGUUCAAUACGAAAUCUAACGCAAAAAUCAAGACGACGUACAUUUCUUAAUUUUUUUAUUGUCAAUCCUCAUAAACCUAUUUUACCAUCACCUGAAUUAGCAAUCAGUAAUUUAGUUCUUAUCAGUUAUGAAUCUUGUUACCAACUACUAAGGAAGACAUGUGUUCUGAAUAAAACAAACUUAGAGACUAAACAAGAAUUACCUGAUUUAGUUAUUACAAAAAUUCUUGCGCUUCUCAGUUUGACUCAAAGAUUAUGGUCAACUGAUUUAGAUACAAAAGAAUUUCGUCGAUGUGUACGCAGUGAAAUGUGCCAACAAAAGCCAAGUUGGAAAGGUACUAGCUAUGGAAAUUGGGGUAACAUUGAUUUCAUUACGUAUGAAAACGAUAUUGGUAACAGAGAAAGUGAACAUCUCUUCUCAACAUCAACGGAUACGGAUAAUAGUUGA